AGGAAGAAUAAAACAAUGUUUAAGUUCCCAAGAACGGACAAAUUUUCGUUUAUUCGACAAAUAUGGGAAGAAGUUAUCGGCCGUAAAGCAAAGGACAAUGAAGUCCUUUGUGAGCUCCAUUUCAGAUCAGAAGACAUACAAAGAAAUUAUGAAAUAUUUCUUUCUAACGGUGUAAAGCAUACAAUGGAACGUGGAAAAGUAACUUUAAAACCGACAGCAAUUCCUCAUGACAACGUGUGCAAUAUCUCGAAGAGCAAUGUUGUAGACGACAUAGUGGAAUCCAACAAGAUCCUCUACAAACCUGGAGAGAAACCAGACCAUUGUAUUGUCAUCAAAUAUGUUCCUUACGUCGGUGACAGUAAGAGAGCCAUGGAUGAAUACACCUCUGAAAUUAUGCUAGGCGGACACAAUACCAUUGUAAUCCACAACACCUGUGAAGAUUCGCUCUUGGCGACUCCUAUUAUCCUUGAUUUAGUCAUCUUAGCCGAACUCUGUUCUCGCAUCACCUUGAAAAGAGCAGAUUCCAACGAUGAUGAAGAAUUCUUUGGUUUCCAUAGUGUGCUCUCUAUUUUGUCAUAUCUCUGCAAGGCUCCCUUAGUGCCUCAAGGGACACCAGUGGUAAAUGCCCUUUCUCGACAGCGGGCCGCUAUUGAAAACAUUCUGCGAGCCUGUCUGUCUUUACCGCCAGAGAACAACAUGCUGCUUGAACACAAAGUAUCUUUAAAAAUUUAAGGAAAGUAAGAAAAAGAGCGAAUGAUAUAUAAAGAAUGAGGAAUUAAAGGUUCGAAGUAAUAAUGAGAUAAAUACUCGUUUGUUGUGAAAAAAGGAAAAUUGGCGCUGUUUCGUUUUGUUUUAAUUAAAUUUCACCUCUCUUAAUGUUGCAUAUCCAAUAUAAUGAUUCGUUAUAAAUUUAUAUCCACUGUAUCAAUUUUAACAGAAUACCAAAGCUAGAAAGUGGCGAAAUUUUGAAAGCUAAUUUGAUUUUAUUAAUGGUAAAAUAAUAUAAAAUUUUUAAUAAAAAUAUGUUACUUGUUAACUUAUUAAAAUUAUUAAUAUUGAAACAAAAAAAUCCUUUUUAUCAUGGUUUCUAAAGUAUCCAAUAAUAUUAAUUAUAAAAUUGUUGCUUAUUAAUAAUAAAAAAUAUUACUAUUUUUUAGAGUGUAAUUAAUAUCACAACAAAUUAUUUUUGAUACCAAAUUAUUGACCAGUUGUCAAUUAAAACAUUAAUACCGUAUAAAAUUAUUUUUUUAUAAUAGCUCAAGUUUCUUCGACGAUAUUAAAUAAUUGAAGCAUCGGCUAUGUGUGAAGAACAACAUUGUAACCCUAAACUAAAUUAGUUUUAAAAAGCAAAAAAUAUUUGUAUUUAAUAUUGUAUAAUCAAAUUAAAAACUGAAGUUAUAUAUAUCAAGGUU